UAUUGUCGUGGUUUCAAAGUAACGAUGAUACUAUAACGACGCGAUAUCUGUUAACGAAAUAUUUGGAGCACAUUUAAAAGAAAUCGAGUUGCCACUGACCUGGUUCAUAAAGACGAGUUAGAAUUCGGAGAGAGAGCAGACUGGAAUACACAUCUGCCAAGUGAAAGAUUGUCUGUUUACCAAGUUUAAAAAAGUGGCAUUGAGUAAUAAAUGAAAUCAUCCGUAUCGAACAUUCACAAUGAAGAUGCAAAUGAUUUUCCACGACUUUUGGGUCGCAACUUUCCCCUGAAAAUGAUGGUAAAAGUACAUGCUAAAUUAUCCAGGAAUAUUCCCGAAUUCCAGGACUCCGCAGCAUACUACACUUCAGAAUCUAUAUUUUCAAUAUAGCAAUAAAACAGUUGGAGCAGUAACAUAACACCAUGUUCAAAAAUGACUACCAGGGUGGCCCCUGUUUUGAACUUCUUACCUUACAAGGAAAGGAAUCUUCAGCUCAUUGGAAGUUCAGUGGUGGAGUUAAAAAGGUGUAUGAUAAGGAGGUAAAGAGCUUUAUAUACAGUCUUGAAGGGACACCAUCCACUACCAAGGUCCAUUAUCCGAAGGACCAGUCACAAGCAGUUCCUUUGAUCCAGCGAUACAUAGUAAUACAGCUUCAUCUAGCAAAGGGUCAAGACCUUUCCAUUGAACUUGGAGUGGCAGACUUAGGGAAUAACAAAAGAAGACUACACUUCUCAACAGCACAGAAGGAGACCCAGGUGACACCUCUCCAUGCCAAGAUACCUCUCACCAUCCUACGGAGAAGUAUUUGGCUGAACAUGUGUAUUGACAUGGUGUCUCUGGUGGGGGAGACUUGGAAGGGGCAGACUUACAAGGCAACACAAAGCAUCUCUGUAUCUGCCAACUGUAAACUUCGCCGUAUCUUCACCAUGAAGAUCCAGCCACCUGAUACAGCAGGAGAUGAGGAAAUGUAUGGAUGCCCUCCUAGUAAUUCUGGAGAACUUGACCAAAUACCCAAGUCAUGUCAACUGGCCAACGAUGUCCAGCAAAUAACACAGCUGCUUACACUGACUAAGAUCCGACAUGGUGAAAGAUUAAGGGCUGGGAGUGGAGAUGUGAAUCGUGCAUCUGCUACACUUGAACUAGAUUUAAACUCUAGUGGACGUAGGACAUCUCUAAAUGAUUCCUACCACAUAGCAUUUGGUUCCAAGGUUCUGGGUUGUAAAUCCACGAGUCAAAACAGCAGUAGAAAGUCGGCUCAGGGUAGUAUGACGAGUAGAAGUACAAGGAAUACUUACUCUCGCAUGGAUUCUCAAACAGAAGAUAUGUCAGAGGAGCAUUUAGAGUUGUCGUCCAGUAUAACAAGUAAGGAUGGACUUCUCAGUGGGAGUGACCACAGUCGAGAAGAUUCCACCCACCAGCCAUCUCACCAGAGGCAGGGAUCCGACUCCCUCUCACAGGUCGACCUGGAAAUGAUGUCCCGAAUAGACAAACCAAAGCAGGACUUUCCUAUAGUACAACCCCAUCCCCCUCGUGAGCCAUCCAAUGACAGACUACGGCGUAAGAUACGUGUUAAGGCUGGUGGGAGUGGGGUGGGUAAGGAUCGUGUGUCUAGUGCAGGAUCUGUCACUGAUGAGAGCAUGAAUAGUGGUCCUGGAAAGCAUUCUCAACAACAUUCAGAGUCUAGUUCUAGUAGUCACAAAAGUAGCACAGCAUCACAUCGCAAACGCUUAGUGUCAGAUGGUGAAUUAAUUUUGACUGAAGGCAGUGAAAAUACAGCAGAUUCAGCAAACAGGAAUAAGUCUGCUGAAACACCACGAGGUAUUAAGGCACAGGGAAUCCCAAAAGUUUCUGAUCGACUGGAAGGGAGAACAGGCAAUCGUUUCAAAGGAGUUGGAGCCUCUGGGCAAGAUCCACAUGACAGACUGAGUCCCAAGGCUUCAAAAGAGUACAACUGUGAAGAUUAUCAGGAAGAGGGAGUGGAGAUGAUGGAUGAUUCUAUGAGUGCUGUGAUAGAACUGUUGAAACAGAAGGCUGGGUUAGGGGGUAGGAUGGGACAGGACUGGGAUGAACUGACUGACGAAGAGGAAAGUUCAGCUGAGGAUCUGGGUAGAGAGGAGUACGAAGAGAGCGAUGAGGAAGAAAGUGACAACAGGAAAAUGUUUAUGUUUGCUGUUCCGCCAAAGUCGGCACCUCGACGCCAUUUAUCCCCAAGCCAGGCAGACAGUGGUUUGGAGCUGGACUCCUCAUCACAGUCAAGAACAUUGUCACUGUCAAGGAAUUCCAGAAAGAUUUCCAAGGAGUCAGCCAGAGGAGCUCGCCCCGAGGAGGAUUUCUUUAACAAUAAUACAAGUAGUGAUGACGAUGAUGUACAUGUGAGGAUAAAGUUAGGAGGCUCUCGUCCUAACAGUGGCACAAAUAGUCGACCACAUAGUGGUACAAACAGUCGGCCACACAGUGGCACAACUAGUCGACCCCAUAGUGGCACAAAUAGUCGACCACAUAGUGGCACAAAUAGUGGCACCAACAGCCGAAAUCACAGUGGCACAAACAGAAGUGGUACAAACAAUUUGGCAGUUAGUCCCAAAUCUGGUGUAGAGAAAAAGGUUCCAAGGACAGUGCUAAAUCCUGUACAACCACAGAUUGCCAAUGAAAGUCCUGAACUCCGAUUCAGCUCUAACACAUCAGUAUUACAGGUUCCUGGAAUAAACAAUGGACAUUUAUCUAAAAAUUCUAUUUCUCGGAUGAGUAGGAAAUCUUUACGGGAGAUUCCGAUGAAUGAUGCAAGGCUUAAAUCAUCGGAGAAACCUUAUGACUUUUCAAAAUAUCAAAUGGCUGACAUCACAGAAUCAUUUGAAGCCAAAAUGUUAUCAAGUAUGAAACGCCAUAAUGAUGAGGAGUUGGAGGAUGUAGUUGAAUCACCAAGGAAACAAACUGCUCCAAUCAUGCCUCCGAGUAAGAGUCCCCACUCAACACAGGAGCAUAACCCUCGUAACUUGUAUGAUUUCUCACCUACAUUGACUAGUGAUGAUGACACUAGUCUUAGUACUUGGCAGGCUCCGCCCAACGCCCCUCACAACUACCAGGAUGAGAUGAAGUCUCGACUGAGCACUGACACACUCACAUCCUCCAACCCUAGGGACUGGGGAAUGUUCAGUCCACCCCUCCCAGUCUUCCAAAGCCAGCUGAAGAGCUCUAAUGAGGACUUUUCUAUAGGCAGCAAUAACCCAUCUCCACGAAAGGAACCUUCAGAUUUGAGCCCAAGGAAGGCAGGAUUAUCAGCAGUGGGAUGCCAGGACACAACAGAUGAUGAAUCUAUUGAAGAGUUGGAUUUACUCUACGAUCCUUGUCUCAACUGUUACUAUGAUCCCAGGAGUUGUAAAUACUAUGAACUUGUGUAGUAUUUCUGACUGAUUUUGUUCGCAGCCAUCACACCAAUGUAUCAGCAAUGUUACAUAAUCCACAUCAGAUGUGUCAAGUCUCCUCUUUUUACCAGAAUCCAUUUCAGCAAUUUCCAUGUUACAGUUUGUACCAAUUUGUAAGGAAUCUUAUUCAUCAGCAUUGAGUUAAAAUUUCAUCUUUUGAUUAGAAAAUUAAUGCAAUGUUCUUUCAGUAUAGUAUGUAUUUUAGGUGUGUGUUUCAUGGUGGCAAAAACCACCAUCCUUGCCAUAGAACUUGUCAGAACCUUUAAUAAUUUACAAACAAGUUGUGUGUUACCAGUAAGAAAUCUUAAAAUGGUGUACUGAAGUCUCCUUAUAAAACAUUAGAAUUUGGUAGAACUACUGGAGUAGACUCCACUACAUCUAUAUGAGGAAAUCUGUUUGCUGAAUCAUUUCCCAGUCAAUCACAUAUAACAACUGAGAAUUAUGUCAACCUUUAACUGAAUUAUUUGUUCUCUUAAACAAGAUUAGAGAACUUCAUACCUUGGUUUCAUCCAAAUUUGAGUAACAAGUUUUAUUAACCAACACCUGAAACAUCUCGUUAUUCUGAGAUCCCGGCGAAAUGUGUAAAAGUAAUGAUACAGUAACCGCUAUAUACAGUCAUCCCUCUUAUUGUAACAUUUAUUGCUCUGUCCACAUUUUUAAAAUUUGUACAGAUCAUACUACCGUCUGUAUCAUCUGAUCACCUAAUUAUAAUUAUAGUACAGAGAUUAUGCUGUAUGUUACACUGUGAAUGGUUAGUUUUCUUGGCCAGUUGUGAUACACGUAUCAUAUGUAUUCAAAGAAAAUGUAUUGAUAUAAAUAGAUAUAUUUUUGCAAACCAUUUUUAUGAGCAACCCUGUUGUAAACACAUGAUAUCAUGGUGUUUUUCAUUUGUUAUUGAUCACUGUGCAUUGUGAAGAGAUAGAUGAUGCUAGACAUCCAUGGAUAUAAAGUAAGAUCACUACAGUUAUAUGUUAACAUUAUUUAAUUAAUUUUUGUGUGAAUGUUUUUGGUGAUCAUUCAUGGUUUAGCUUCCUAUAUUGUUAGCUAUCACAUAAAAAAUCGACUGUCAUGCAAACAUGACAAGUUAAAUGAUUAUUUUUAAACUUUGAUGUGAAGAAAAAGGCUUUUUACAUUGUAAAAAGUAGCAUUAUUUAUUAUAUAAAAUGGUUAGAAUUUACCUGCUUUGUCUCUGAAUUAAUAACAAAGACAAACAUUUCAUUUAUUCACCAUUUCAAACAUAAUGCUGACUGCUCAUUUGUAGACAAGCUUGUUAGCAGAUAUGUGUAAAGUAUGUGUAUAUGAAAGAACAUGCACAUUGUCUCAAAUUUUAUGGAGCAGUCCUCGUUUAAAGAAACAAUAUUUUACUUGGUUCAAAAAAAGAUUUCUGAUUUUCAAAAAAUUGAUAUGUAGUGAAACUUUGAGAAAACAAAACAAAAACAAACGCACAUGUUCUAGAGGAUAAAAAUGUAUUAAUUCUGAGCAGGUUGUCAAGCCUAAUUCUACUGUUAAUUUAUACAAGUGAUAAUUUUGACUAUGAUAAACAAGGGUGAGUUUAGAUUAGAUACCAAAAUGCCAUAUUGACAUUAUUUUGUUAUCAGAACACAAUUAUGUUAAUAGUGAAGCAUUCAUUGCUGUAUUUGAGUUAAACAAUCUUUAUUAAUUUUUUGGGUGACUGUUCAAGUACCAAUAAGAGUAUUGACAAACUGAAGGUAUGUUAUUCAAAGCAAAUUACUUGGCAUUUCGUUUCCUUUUUUAUGAGUGACAGUAACAAAUUCACAAGUCUUUCCUCAAAGAAUGAAAUGUUUGAUUGAUAAGGAAAUUUCAUUGCUUAUACAUGAUAAGGUAAUAAGAGCUUACCUCAAAGAUUGAAGGUUUUAAUUGUAUUGUAUUUCAAAUAGUAUUCAUGACUACUGGUAACUGCUGUAAAUGUUGUAUGUAAAAGUAUUGGUCACUACUGACAUUGGAGUGAGUACAAGUAUUUUGUUUUGUCCAAGAGGGAAAUGUGAAUAUUUGUUUAAAAAAUCAGGGUUUGCGCUGUCAGUCGCUAUCAGUGCUAAUGGCGAAAAUGAAAACUCAUGGGCGAUUUAAAAAUUGUUUUAGCGAAAGUUGGAAAUUGCCAAAAUACACAGAGUUAAUUUUGUACAUAAAGGGGUGUAAUUAUCUCGCUACCAGCUAUCUUCUCAGGCUCAUGUCACAGGUAAGCUGCCACAGGGUGCCCAGGUGUUUGUCUUCACCCUCAACUGAUCACUCUACACAAUCUUAGUUAAUAAUCAUUAUUCUGUAAUUAUACUAUUGGACCAUCACUUCAAAAACAAACACUGUUUAUAGCUGUCAUUGAUUUACUUACAUGAGGAUGAUCUGUGUUUUACUAAAAUAUAGACAGCCUCUAAUAAACAGGAAAUGAACAUCCAGUUCAUGAUAAAAAAGUAACUGAAACUGGUAUGAAAAAUUUGGAUUUUCAUCUUUCUUAUCCCUUUUCUUCUUAAAUUUGACACAAUACUUACAUCAUUUUUAUGAGUUUAACCAAAGAAAAUUCUUUUAAAUAAAUCUUUACAACUUAGAAUUAAAGUACUGCAACAAAAAAAAACAACUAAAAAACAUGAAAAUAACACAUUUUGAUUAAGCUGUAUCAAUUAUUACUUAUUGUACCAAAUGGGUAGAGCUGAAGGUAUAAAGAAUCAAACCAGCAAAUUUGUCGUGUGAAACCCAAUUCUGUCACCUAAAAAUAUAACCAGUUUUCAGAAAUUCAGAGUUUGGCGAAUCAAAAUUAAAAACCAGAGCUAGCCCUGAAAUCAGGAUUUUAUAUAUGUAUAGAAUGGCAUUUCUUUUUCAAAAGCCUUUACAAUUAUGAGUUGAAAAAUGUUACCUUUUAAGUUCACGAGUUUUAUUUAACAUACAUAUUGAAAAGCCUUUUAAAAAAGUCUCAUUAAUGUAAAAUUAUAAGUUUUCAUGUGAAGAAUUAUUUCUUGGGUAAUGUUAAUCCAUGAAUUCGUAAAUAAAGUAAAAUUCAUGAGAAGUUUUGUUUUGGAUAAAGUGCCAACUAAAAGGCACUGAAAAAAAACCUUCAUGAAAUGUGAGCCCAAUUUCCCACAGUUACUGCACACAUUUUCAAGUACCAUAUUUCCUUGACAGUUUCUAUAUAUAUAUAGCCCUUGUUAUAGUGUCCAGCUCUUCUAUAUGCCACUACAUAGAAGACAUAUGAUGGCAGUAUAAGGAGGGUUUAAUGUAUAUACCCAGAGUGAGUUGAUAUGUAUCUUCUUUAACUUAUAGACGAGAGAACUGUACAGAUAGUGUUGAAACCUGAGCUGACGUGUCCUUUGUAGAAGAUGAUUAUGUGUAAUGUUAAAGAUGUAUUAUUUAUGUAAACAAGUCUGUGAUCUAUUGAGAGAGUGAGAAAUAA